AUGGCCCAGGUCAACAACAACGAGCUCAUCUGCUGUGUUAAAUGCAAUGGACAGUUUGACAGAGUGGAUCAAGUGCCCAUUAAGUUGUCAUGCCUACACUCGUUCUGCCGGCCAUGCCUGAAACAAACUGUAGACCCUGAUCACAAACUCACCUGUCCGGUCUGUCUUAAGACUCAGACAAUAGAAGGAGACAUUGAUGCCCUUCCUGCUGAUCUCAGAAUUAUGAAGAUGAUAGGUUUGAUUUCUAAUAAGAUUAAGGAUACAUGUUUACAGCAUGAAUCACAUUUGUAUUUCUUCUGCGCCAAAUGCAAAACACCAAUCUGCCACGACUGCACCGUUUUAAACCAUCCUAAAGAACAAAAACAUGCCAUCAUAGAGAUUUCAGAAGCUUUUGAAAAUUACGCACCAAAAUUCGACGCGCUUGAACGAUUCGGUCAGAGCGUGGCUGACGCCAUGAAAGUCAAGAUCGAGACGUACAAAAAUGAGCUGAAUGACCUUGAAAGAGCGCACAGAAAUCUCAAAGGUGAUAUUUCAUAUAAGUUUCGCUACUACCGUUCGCUUCUCGCCCAACGAGAAGAAGAUGUCAGAAAGAGGGCUGAGACACUAAUACAUGAACAGAGGGAAGAAAUCGAACAUGCUUGCAUCGUGAUCGAGGACAAACUGAAUUAUCUGAAUAUCCUUCGAGAACAAUUUAAAAUCGUCAGGUCAAAUAAUGACACCAGACUUGUGUUUCAAGUGUAUCAAGAAUUCAAAGACUGUGAAGACUUCUUCAACUGUCUCAUGAAGCCAGAGCGGAUGGACUUCUUCAAGAAGUACAUCUUCACAGACGCAAAAGAAGAACAAUUGCUCGAUUUGUUGAAGGAAGCUGGCAAUGUUGAGCUGGACAAACACAAUGUGUUUGAGAUUAUCGAACUCGUAUACGAUUUAGAGGUAAGUAUUAUGACGUCAUAG